CUGGCCGGGGGCCGGUCGGACGCCUACACACUUUCAUCCUGGCGGCAGAUAUAAAAAGGGGGUCCUUGGGCACCCAAGACCAUCACGAUUUGGAAACACACACGAGGGGACUCCACUACGCCGCCUUACUUACUCUUCUUCCCCAACGAAGUCGGAAGGGCGAGCGCCAUGGCCAUGCUCAAGCUGUCCUCUUUCCUCGCCGUCUACGCCUUGGUGGCCUGCCAGAUGGAGAGCUACCAAGCGGUCCCGCUGAGACCCGGCUUAGAGCCCGUGACAGACCGGGGCGCUUUGGGUGACUACGAAGCGCGCCGGCUCCUCAACGCGCUGGUGAAGGAGUACGUGCAGAUGACGGCGGAGGAGCUGGAGCAGGCCAGCGAGGCGAACAGCCUGGACAGGAGACCCAUUUCCAAGCGCUGUGCCAACCUGAGUACGUGCGUGCUGGGCAAACUGUCGCAGGAGCUUCACAAAAUGCAGACCUACCCGCGCACGGACGUCGGGGCAGGGACGCCUGGCAAGAAGAGGAAUGCCUUGACUGAGCUGGACACUGAACGCUUGGCAAACUACCAGGAGGCCCUCCUCGGAAGCAACUAGAUCGGGCGCCUUCCACUGCCCUCUCCCCUUGCCCCUGCUUUUUAAACAACUACCCUCACCCCCUUCCUACAACUUGAUGCAUGUGGAUCUAACCUUGGUUGCUAACUUUGCUCUGUUCUUUUGAAUCUUUUUUUAAAGUGGAAUAAUUUCAAGUGUCCAUGACACACAGACAUCACAGGAUAGUGAGCUAGGCUGUGAUGAGAGCAGGCAUGGGCAAACUUGGGCCCUGCGGGUGUUUUGGACUUCAACUCCCACCAUUCCUGACAUUCGCUUAAGCGGCUGAGGGGGAAAAGGAAGGGGCCUGAGGCUGUCAGGAAUGGUGGGAGUUGAAGUCCAAAACACCCGCAGGGCCCAAGUUUGUACAUACCUGAAUUAGAGGGAAAAGCACCUGCCAGAUUAAGCCGAAUAAGAAUCAUUGCUUUGAAGUUUUUCUCAGAUGUUUAUUUUCCAAUAAUAAUAAUAAUAACAAUAAUAAUGAUGUUUUGAUUUCUGGCUACUUAAUGUACUAAAUAAAUAAAUGUUUCUUUCAUGCCUGACCAUACCACUGUUCAAUAAACCUAUUUUUCUAUAAGGA